UGGCGGACGGAGGAGCAGCGAGUCAAGAUGAGAGUUCGGCGGCGGCGGUGGCGGCAGACUCAAGAAUGAACACUCCGUCAGAAACCAGUAAACCUGUAAAAAUGGAGAGUGGGGAUGGGGACACAGGCACACAGACAAAUGGCCUGGACUUUCAGAAACAGACUGUGCCUGCCACAGGGGCAAUCUCUACAGCCCAGGCCUUCCUUGGACACCUCCAUCAGGUUCAGCUCACUGGAUCAAGUUUACAGGCUGCAGCCCAGUCCUUAAAUGUACAGUCUAAAUCUAAUGAAGAAUCUGGGGACAGUCAACAGCCAAGCCAGCCUUCCCAGCAGCCUUCAGUGCAGGCGGCCAUACCCCAAACCCAGCUCAUGCUGGCCGGAGGACAGAUUACUGGGCUCACAUUGACACCAGCCCAGCAGCAAUUAUUGCUACAACAGGCACAGGCACAGUUGCUGGCCGCUGCAGUGCAGCAUUCAGCCAGUCAGCAGCACAAUGCUGCAGGCGCCACCAUCUCAGCUUCUGCUGCAACGCCUAUGACACAGAUCCCUCUGUCUCAGCCCAUACAAAUUGCACAGGAUUUGCAGCACCUGCAGCAGCUCCAACAACAGAAUCUCAACCUGCAACAGUUCGUGUUGGUGCAUCCAACAACCAACCUGCAACCAGCACAGUUUAUCAUCUCACAAACACCGCAGGGGCAGCAGGGUCUCCUGCAAGCGCAGAAUCUCUUAACGCAACUACCUCAGCAAAGCCAAGCCAACCUCCUGCAGUCUCAGCCAAGCAUCACUUUCACCUCUCAGCAGCCAGCAACUCCAACGCGCACAAUAGCAGCAACCCCUAUUCAGCCACUUCCACAGAGCCAGUCAACACCAAAGCGUAUCGAUACCCCCAGCUUGGAAGAGCCCAGUGAUCUUGAGGAGCUUGAGCAAUUUGCCAAGACUUUCAAACAAAGACGGAUCAAACUUGGAUUCACUCAGGGUGAUGUUGGGCUCGCUAUGGGUAAACUCUAUGGAAAUGACUUCAGUCAGACUACUAUCUCUCGCUUUGAAGCCUUGAACCUCAGCUUUAAGAACAUGUGCAAGUUAAAACCACUUCUGGAAAAGUGGCUCAAUGAUGCAGAGAAUCUCUCAUCUGAUUCGGCUCUCUCCAGCCCAAGUGCCCUGAAUUCCCCAGGGCUGGGGAUUGAGGGCUUGAACCGCAGGAGGAAGAAACGCACCAGCAUAGAGACCAACAUACGUGUGGCCUUAGAGAAGAGUUUCCUGGAGAACCAAAAGCCUACCUCGGAAGAGAUCACCAUGAUAGCUGACCAGCUGAAUAUGGAGAAGGAGGUGAUCCGCGUUUGGUUCUGUAACCGGCGCCAGAAAGAAAAAAGGAUCAACCCACCCAGUAGUGGUGGAACCAGCAGCUCGCCCAUCAAAGCAAUUUUUCCUUGUCCAACUUCACUGGUGGCAAACACACCAAGCCUUGUGACAAGCAGUGCAGCUACUACCCUGACUGUCAACCCUGUACUCCCUCUAACCAGCGCUGCGGUAACCAGUUUGCCAGUCACAGGCACCACGGAAACCAUCCCCAACAACACAGCGACUGUGAUUUCGACGGCUCCUCCAGCUUCCUCGGCAGUGACAUCCCCCUCACUGAGUCCCUCUCCUUCUGCCUCUGCUUCCACUUCUGAGGCAUCCAGUGCCAGCGAGACCAGCACAACACAGACAACCUCCACCCCCAUGUCCUCAGCUCUUGGGACCAGCCAGGUGAUGGUAACUGCUUCUGGUUUGCAAACUGCAGCAGUAGCUGCAUUACAAGGAGCUUCGCAGUUGCCUGCAAAUGCAAGUCUUGCUGCGAUGGCGGCAGCAGCAGGACUAAAUCCGGGCUUGAUGGCAUCCUCGCAGUUUGCAGCUGGAGGUGCCUUACUCAGUCUCAACCCAGCGACACUAGGCGGUGCUCUCAGCCCAGCUCUGAUGAGUAACAGUACACUGGCAACUAUUCAAGCUCUUGCAUCUGGUGGCACUCUUCCAAUAACAUCACUGGAUGCAACUGGAAACUUGAUAUUUGCUAAUGCUGGAGGUACGCCCAACAUUGUAACUGCCCCCCUGUUCCUGAACCCUCAGAACCUUUCACUGCUCACCAGCAACCCAGUUAGCUUGGUCUCUGCAGCUGCAGCCUCCGCGGGGGCCUCUGGACCAGUCGCCAGCCUUCACGCCACCUCCACCUCAUCAGAGUCUAUCCAGAACUCUCUCUUCACAGUGGCCUCUGCCAGCGGGGCUGCCUCCUCCACCACCACUACUGCCUCCAAGGCGCAGUGAGUGGGGCCGAGCUGCGGUGCCCCGUUCCUGUGAGAGUGGCUGCUGACUGGGCUUAUAAACUGCAAAAUGUGAUUGGCUUCCUCUCGCUGUGUUGCUGGGGACAAGGGAGAGAAGGAAAAAGAAAAGGAAGAAUUGGAAAAAAAACCCAGGAAGGAUUUAAAACUGGGAUAGACAUUUGCCUAAUUUUAUAAUAAACACUGUCUUUUCAGGAUUGCUUCAUUGAUUGGAGAACUUUCUAACCAAAAAUGUAAAAAAAAACAAAAAAGGACUACUUAUCAUUUCCAGCAGUCUCAAUGGCAAGUUAAGGUGGGUUAUCAACUCAAACAUAGGAAUGAAAUUUCUUCUUUCUUUUUGAUCUAAAUAUCUUUUUUUUAAUUAUCAUUUAUUGGUCUGUUGUACAGGCCAUAAUGUCAUACAAGGUGUUUAUAAUCUUAUCAAUCGUGUUGGGGGUUCCUUUCUUAACUGGUACAAUUUAGGCAGGCCUGUAUUACUGAUGUAUCUCUUUAUGAUUAUUAUUAUUAUUUUUAUAUGUAUAUAUAUCUAUAUAUAUAUAGAUAUAUAUAGUUUGGACGCAUUUGUCUUUGCUCCUCGAUCCUUUUUAGUGAGCUCCCAUGCCAUGCAGAGGGGAGAGAAGGGGGCACGUGAAUUUCUUGCUGCCCUGUCUUUUGCAGACAUAGGUUUGUUUCCUAUUCCAUGGCUUUGUAUGUUUUUGGGACUCAGAGGUGUUUGGAAGAGCUUUUGCCACUUGUGCGGGCAGCUAAGUGAACAUGCGGAGGGUAAUGUGCAAAGAUAGUCCAUGCUCAUGAGGUGGGAAUUCUGACUGGACAGCCGCUUGCUCAGCAUUCUUGGGCCAAAUCUAGCUCUCAUUUGCACGUCUUUGGCUCCUGUUGAUGCCAAGGGAGACGGAUUUGGCCCUGUAGAUCUAUCUUCAGCACCAGUGUUGGUAGCUCUCUUAUCUCACCAUAGCAAGGAAAUCGCCACUUUACAACUUUGGGAUUACAUUUCUGUCAUUUACUUUCUCAGGAGGUUGCUUGAGUUGAUGAUAACUUAUGUGCAUCCCUAUAAACUUUCCACUUG